AACAACAACAGCGAUGUAGUCUAUUGAAAUGUAUUUUAAUUAACUAAUGUAUCAGGACAAGGAAUUUCAAGAUCCCAAAGCAAGUAACGAAUCAAUAUUUCAACUAACAAAAUAUAAAUUCUGCGCUACUGUGUACUAAAAUUAUCACAAAAGUGUUGGCAACCUAUUACAUUUAUCGAUAAAAUAAGAGUAUCGCAAAGGUGCCAAAUGAAAUUUAUUAAAUAAAUUCCGUAGAAUCGCAGUUUCUGUUUACCUAGUGAUCUGCGAUUUAGUGAGAGAAAAUGCUGCGAAGUUUAUGCGGUCGCCUUGAGCCACUCAGUUUGGUAUGCGGCUUCACGCGUGGCAUGUCUUGCUAUCCGCCGCAUUACAUCGAUGCUAUAUUUUCCAAACAGAAACAACUCAGCCUAAAAGAAACUGAUGAGUAUAUCAAGCUCUCACAUAUGCCGGUAAAAGCAGCUAAGAACGAUGAAUCCGAAUCAAUAUUCUAUAACAGUUUGGUCAACAAAAUGACCAAUUAUAUAACGAAGGGUGGCAACAAGAAACUGGCCAGAGAAUUGCUAACAAAAUCUUUUGAAUGCAUGAAGCGUAUACAAAUUGAACGCAUGAAUUUGAAUCCGGAUGCGAAAGAUACAAUAAUAGCCGAUCCUGAACAACUGUUAAUCAAGGCAAUAGAAAAUAGUCGGCCGUUAUUGCAAUUGACGGCAAUAAAACGCGGUGGCGUCAAGUAUCAAGUGCCAAUCCCAGUGACUGAGAAGCGUUCAUAUUUUCUAGCAAUGAAAUGGAUUCUGGAAGCAGCUAGGGAAAAGGAGAGAAAGGUGCAUUUGCCAGAAAAGUUGGCAUGGGAAGUACUAGAUGCAGCUUAUAAUCAAGGAAGAGUGGUGAAAAAGAAGAAUGACUUGCAUCGACAGUGCGAAAGCAAUCGAGCCUACGCACAUUACAGAUGGAGUUAGAGAUUUUUUAAAUAUGCUUUUUUGUUGAAAUUAUUACAAAAUACAAAUUUGUACUGAAAGUGCUAAUACGUGUGAAUUGAAUGGGUAGCUAUCGUUAUAGGGAUAGGUAGUCUGUGCGAAACUGGCUCGAGCUUGCUUUGGGCCGCUGGGGAAGGCCAAAACGGCUUGGUGAACACGUACAGUACCGGAAUAAAAAAAAAUUAGCACAGAAUUUUUUGCAAUAUCUGCAAAGUUUUUUAUUUUAAUUUAAUUUAAAAUACUCUGUGCCAAUACUUUUGUCCGGCACUGUAUGUAUUUAGGGCUAUCGCUGAAUUCAAAAAGUUACAAACGUAGCAUUCACUUUGAAUACACUACAUACCUUCGUAGAAAUUCAGAUUUCAUAACAGCACCAGUUUUCCUCGUUUUCAAAUCUAUGUUUAUAUAAAAAAACACAAAUUCAAAUUGUAUGUAUGUAUGUAUAUAAAAAACACAUUUCCACAUAAUUUUUCUUUUAUUUAUUAAUUUCACACUACGUAUAAAUUAUACAGAAUUACGCAUGAAAUGUAUUUUAUGUAAAAGAUAUACAUAUUAAGUUAAAUCAAGAUUUGAGCUGCCGCCUCCGAUGAGGCAUACAAGCUUCAUACAGCUUCAAAAAGAAUACAUUUGGAUACCAAGAAAUCGACUAUUAAUAAAUAUAUUUACAGUAGAUGGAGCAUAAAGGGCGAGUUCUAGGCUUAAAUCAUUCACUUCCUUACGCAUUAUCAAAAGGCCCGUUUAGAAUUUAACUAAAGGCGCGAUUUUUUUAACAAUCUUAGCACCCGUAUUGGAUACGCCAUUUAUGACUUUGUUGCUUUAUUUUACAAUUGCAAAUAAAAAAAAAAAAAAA